AUGGCAGCGAGGCUCUCUGCACCGGGCGUGGUCUCGACAAGCUUCGAGGGUCUCCUGCAGGAACUGGACGAGCUGAGGGUCCGCCUGCUUGAUCAGCACAGGCGCGAGCUUGGCGCCAGCAUGGCCUCUGAAGCUGACGCUCCCGAGGCGUGGGAUCGGACUCUCCAGGGCCCCGCGGCCACUUCGAGAUUCUCGACCGCUGACUCGCGCGAAGACGUGCGCACUGCCUCUUCGGUGCUGUCGGGGCCAGAGACGCCAGCCCCGCGCGCAGGCGUCGGCUCUACCUCGACGGCUCGAAGACCAGCUGGUCCAUCCGAGGUGGACGCCGUGGUGGUGCACGAGCGCUUCCGGCUUCUGGAAACCUGGCAGGACAGGGUGCGGGACGCGCGGCUCAUGGGCACCUGGAGGAGGACGGAGCUCGACCUCCUCCCGGGCCGAGUCACGACAGGCACGAUCAGGUCGACCGGCCUGCGGCAGGACAAGGGGCUGAUGUCCAGGGUGGUGCUGCACCCACAGAACCCACUGGUCGUCGUCUGGAAUUUCCUCAGCGUCGGCCUCAUCGCUUAUGAGUCCGUGACCGUCCCCCUGUACACGUGCUACACGUUCCAGGAGUUCCCAAAGGUCAUCGAGAUCUUCGAUUGGGUCUCCAGGAUUUUCUUCACUAUCGAUAUUCCCCUGUCGUCGGCGACGGGCUUCCACGACAAGGGCUACGUAGAGCUGAGGCCAGGCAGAGUACUUCAGGCGUAUCUCACGUCGUGGUUCUUUCUCGACCUGUUAAUUGUCUCGCUGGACUGGAUCGUGCUCGUGCUGGAAGACCAGAAGGCCCUAUCGGCGGUGCCAGUCCUGCGAGGUCUGCGGCUCGUGCGCGUGCUCCGCCUGAUGAGGCUUGGUCGGCUCAGUCACGUGAUCAACGAGUCGUUGCUGUACGCGUCCGACGGGGUCACGAUCCUCGUCAGGAUCUCGAAGCUGACCCUUACGCUCUGCAUCACCAUCCACCUGACAGCAAGCAUCUGGUAUGCCAUCGGCACAGAGUCCAGCUCCGGCUGGCUCUCUCAGGAGCCUCUCCUGGAUUCGGCCGCGCUCUCGGCACAAUACCUCGUUUCUGUCAAUUGGGUCGUCACCCAGUUGCAUGGCACGAGCCUCGUGCGUCCGCAGACCCUCCUGGAAAUGUUUUUUCAGACACUGGUGCUCCUGGGUGCAAAUGCCUUCGUCGCGGUUUUCUUUGCCAGCACGAUGCAGGCUAUGAUGGCUCUCACAGACGCCCACAACUUGAAGAUGCAGUCCCUCUGCAGGGGCUACCUGCGUCGCCGGCGCAUCUCCCCCAGCCUCUCGCACAAGCUGCAGCUGCACUUCGGACCGGCGCGCAGCAUCAAGACCACCCUGCGGGACAGCCAAGAGGUCGAGAACAAGCUGGUCGAGGAACUCCCGCCCGUCCUGCGGCGGCGCCUCUACGAGGAGGUGCGCCUGCCCCUCCUGAGCAGCACGCGGCUGUGCCGGACGAGCGGUCUCUCGGACUACCGGCUGCUGGCGCAGCUCUGCUGCGAUGCCGUCUCUGGGGUGUGCGCGGAGCCGGGCGAGCUGAUCUUCACCAACGGUGACGCUUGCACGCGGAUGCUUGUUGUCGAGUCGGGCACCAGCCUGUACGUCUUCGAGGCCUCGGCAGCAGUUGAGCAAAGUCUUGCAGGCCCAAGCUUCGUGAAGGCCCCCAGCAGGUCCACGGAGGCUUCCGGCUGCCCUCGCGGCUCGGAGUGCCAGCGGCAGGACUCCGAGCUCCAGCGGGGCCGCUGCCUCUGCGAGGCGUCCCUCUGGACACGGUGGGCGAACCGUGGCGAGCUGACCGCGGAGAGCUACUGCACGAUGCUGGCCGUGAAUCAGACGGACUUCGCCUCUACUUUGACCAAGUACGAGCUUCUCUGCGUGUCCGCCGUCAGGUACGCGUACUGCUACAUCGUCUGGCUCAACGAGAAGAGCGCCGAGGAGAAUGUGUCGGACUUGACGGACGCCCCGGUCAAUCUGAGCGAGUACACGCCCUCGAUGGUCGAUGCCUCCAUCCCAUUCGUGUUCAUCUCGCACUUCAAGGAGGAGGCGGGUUCGGAUGCCGCGCUCAUGGAGGAGGGGAUCUCUCGCAUCAUCAAGGAAGAUCCAUGCCACCCGGCGUACCGUCUCGAAGCGCCAACAUUCCUCGACUCCAACAACCUUGGCGACCUCAGGCUCAUUCGCAGCAUUGUCAGGAGCAGCCAUAAUCUCCUCCUGCUUCUCACGGACCGGGUGCUCGAGAGACCCUGGGUUCUUAUCGAGAUCGUGACUGCCAUGAAGUCAGGCGUGCCCAUCCAGUUGGUGCAGAUUCAGCGCCCCGGCGUGGUCUUCGAGUUCCCCACGGAGGAGGACAUCAACCGCCUCGCGGCCCGCGAGGGCCUCAGCCAAGAUGCCAAAGCCCUUCUGAAGGCCCAGAAGAUCACCUCCAAGGACUUGAGGGCCAUCGGCCAGAUCUUCGGCAACGUAGCCCUGCCGUUCUCCCCGCACCGGUCGCCCACCGUCAGGCGCGCCGAGCUCCUGGACAUCCUCGCACGCUGCAGGUUCGACGACAACCCCAGGGUCGCCCCCAGGACAAGGCAGGACUUGCUGCGCUACUCGCCAACCCAAGAUAGCAUCAGUCUCCCUGCCGCGGAGGCGCAGAACGAGGAGCUGAGAGUGUGA